UCUCUUGCACUGCACUCAAACCCCAACACACACACACACACACACACACACACACACAGUGAAUUUUCCCUCACAGGGUUGAACGUGCACAUUUACACACUCACUGAGACUCACACAAAGACACAGGGAAACACACACACACAGGUUGAUAGUAUCUCCAACAUUCAAAACGAACACAUCCAUUCUUCUAGGACACUUCUAGACCUGUUGCAGUUCAUACAGAUCCAGACGAGAUGGAUCAAACCAUGUGUCUUGGAGUGGAGGGGGUCAAGAAGACCAUCCUAUAUGGUGGCACUGGGGAAAUACCUAAGUUCAUCACUGGAUCUAAGGUGAAGUUCCACUUCCGUACAAUGCUGUGUGAUGAUGACCGCACGGUGAUUGAUGACAGCAAGAAGGUGGACAUGCCGAUGGAGAUUGUGAUCGGCAACAUGUUCAAGCUGGACAUCUGGGAGACCCUGCUCGCCUCCAUGAGAAUUGGAGAGGUGUCCGAGUUCUGGUGUGACAUAACGCACACUGGCAUGUACCCCAUCUUGUCCAAGAGCAUGCGGCGCAUCGCAGAGGGCAAAGAUCCGACGGAUUGGCAUAUCCACACCUGUGGCAUGGCCAACAUGUUUGCCUACCACAGCCUGGGCUACGACGACCUGGACGAGCUGAUGAAAGAACCAAAGCCCCUUUACUUUGUGCUUGAGCUACUCAAGGUGUCCCAGCCGAGUGAGUAUAACCGUGAGACCUGGGCCCUCUCAGAUGGAGAGAGAGUGAAGGCUGUGCCUCUGCUCCAUGCUCAGGGCAACAAGUUCUUCAAACAGGGACGCUACGAAGAGGCCAUCCAGAAGUACAAGGAGGGCAUUGUUUGCCUCAAAAAUGUACAAACAAAGGAGAAGGCAUGGGAAGUCUCAUGGCUGAAGCUCGAGAAGAUGGCGAACACACUCACACUAAACUACUGCCAGUGUCUGCUUCGCACAGAAGAAUACUAUGAGGUCAUUGAGCACACCACUGACAUUCUCAACAAACACCCAGGCAUCAUGAAAGCCUACUACCUGAGGGCCAGGGCCCACUUAGAGGUGUGGAACGAGGCGGAGGCUCGGGAGGACUUUGAGAGGGUGCUGGACCUGGAGCCUGGCAUGAAGAAGGUGGUGACGCGGGACCUGGGCGUGCUGAGCAUGAGGAUGGAGGAGAAGAAUGAGGAGGACCGCAAGAAGUACAAGGGCAUGUUCGAAGAGAAACGCAAGCAGCGAGAGAUGGCACACAACACAGAGUCCGAAGAAGUGGAGCAACAGACCGGAGAGUCUGAAGUGUCCGACACACGCCAGGCGUGACUGUUGACGUUCACUGUGUUAGAUGAAGGAGAAAGAAAUUAGCAUUUUCACUGCUGUGUGCUGAAUGUAAUGGAGUUGGAAAUGGGGUGUUGGAUGUUGUUUGCUCAGUAAGAAUGCAAUGCUGUCACACUAAGAGGUCUGAAUAAUUGUAGAGAAUAGAUCAGAUUCAGUCUAGGCAGCAUAAAAGUGUUAUUGAUAUAAACAUUGUGAACACUGGAAGGUUAUGAACUCUAGUCUGAAUGAAAGAAACACCAUUUAAACACUUAAUUAUUUAUUAAGACAUUACUAAAGCAUGAACUUCAGCAUUUAACAUCAAUUAUUGUUUUAUUAUAGCCUACUGAAAUCCAUGGUUUGACUGUUACACUUUCUUAGAUACACCUUGCCGUAAAGCAUUAUUAGAUACUGCAUGUGUAAAUGGAGUGGAUGAAUGCAUUUGGCAUACACCAAUGUCUUACAGUCAGAUUACCCUGCUGUCUACCCAUUCCCUGUUACAGGUGAUCAAACACUGCCAUGAUGGUGUCCUAUAGCAUCAUAAGAUGUACUACAAGGCAUAUUGCAUUGUUUUGAAAGUAAC